GGGUUUUCGCGACGGAGCUGGGAAAGGAAGUGUGCGACGUCAUCAAAGGCCCCCACGCUCGGCUGCCGCCGGGACGGUGCGAGGUCGUUCCCGGUUGGGCGGCUCCAGGGUGGCGUGAGCUCUUAGCUUUCUGGAGGCUGGCAGAAGCGGCUGCAGUGUCCGGAACGUCUCGUUCCGGAAGCAGAUAGGACGCGCCGACCUUGGCCACACCGGUUUGCAGCUUGCAGCCCAGGUUCGGAGCCGAUGGGGUCUUGGACCGCUGUCACCCUGAGCAGGGCAGCUGCCAGAUGCGCGAGAGCGCGAGGCCCCGGCGUCCGCCACGCAACUCCAUGCGUCUUCCAGCCUGAGCUCCCGGGCCGCGGCUCCGCUCUGGGCAGGACGCUGCGCCUCACCGCGGAGGCCCCCGCCGGGCACAAUAAGUGGUCCAAAGUCCGGCACGUCAAGGGCCCCAAGGACACCGAAAAGAGUCGCAUUUUCUCUAAACUUAGUCUCAGCAUCCGCCUGGCCGUUAAAGAGGGAGGCCCUAAUCCUGCGCUCAACAGCAACUUGUUCAGCAUCUUAGAGGUGUGUCGCAGCAAGCACAUGCCCAAGUCAACCAUUGAGGCGGCGCUGAAAAUGGAGAAAACUAAAGGCGUUUAUUUGCUGUAUGAGGCUCGAGGUCCUGGCGGCUCUUCUCUGCUCAUUGAGGCAUUAUCUAACAGUGGCUCCAAGUGCCAGUCAGACAUUAGACACAUCCUGAACAAGAACGGGGGGAUGAUGAGUGAAGGAGCACGUCACUCCUUUGACAAAAAGGGGGUAGUCACCGUUGAAGUGGAGGACAAAGAGAAAAAGGCCGUGAACCUAGAGCGUGCGCUGGAGCUGGCAAUUGAAGCAGGAGCUGAGGAUGUCCAGGAAGAUGAAGAUGAAGAAAAGAACUUCUUAAAAUUUAUUUGUGAUGCCUCUUCGCUGCACCAGGUGAGGAAGAAGCUGGACUCCUUGGGCUUGUGUUCUGUGUCUUGUACGCUGGAGUUCAUCCCCCACUCAAAGGUGCCGCUGGCUGACACUGACCUCAAACAGGCUGCCCAUCUCAUCCAGGCUCUUGUCAGCCACGAAGAUGUGAUCCACGUCUACGACAACAUUGAGUAACUGGACUGUAUGUGCCCUUGGGCUCCUUCAAGGGCAAGUGUCAGUCCAUCCUGGAGCACAGGCUUCUACAGCAAUCUCUGAGAUGGAAGCAGGUAGGAAGAGUGGCAGAUUAGUCCUAAGGCCAGGACGUGUAGCCUUGAGGCCAAGGCAAUCCCAUACUUCUGUGUGGCUGCUUUGUCAGCUCUGCUGGUGUCUCAGCCUUCUUGGAUGCAGGGUGGGACCAGCCAGCUGGUGUGACUCUGAUCUCAGGUAGUUGGCCCUUGUGGGCAUUAUAAAUACCCCAAGGUCCUAUGUACUAGAAACUGCUCUUUAUUUAUUUCUUUUUAAAGACAGGGUCUUGCUAUGUAGCCCAGGCUGGCUUUGAACUCUCAGUGAUCCUCCUGCCUCAGCCUCCUGAGUGCGGGGAUUAUAGGCAUGAGCUACCAUGCCUGGCUAGAAACUGCUCUUUAAUAAUAACAGUGGUUGAUCUUGGUUACUGUAUUGGUUUUGUAUGCCUCUUGACUUGUCUUGAGUUUGUGCCUUGUUGUUGGGACCUCCAGACUUAAUUUUCAGGUCUCCAGGCUUAGUUCUGUAUUCCAAUGCUAGGACUGUCAUUUAUUUACUUAUUUUUUGAUAGUGGCUGGAUCCAAGCAUUCUGUGGCCUGUUGCUGGUUUGUCAUUCAUUCAUGUAACAAAUGUUCAUGAAAUUCCCAUUUCUUGAGCCAGGCAUGGUAGCUCACGCCCGUAAUCCCAGCACUCGGGAGGCUGAGGCAGGAAAAUCGUUGUGAGUUUGA